AUGGUGGGGAAGACUGGAGCAGGGAAGAGUUCAACAGGAAACACCAUCCUGGGGAAAAAGGGGUUCCAUUCUAAGUCAAGUCCAAAGCCAGUGACUGAACUGUGUGAGAAACAAAGUGUAGUGGUGUAUGGGAAGAAGAUUGACGUCAUCGACACUCCUGGGGUCUGUGACAUAUUAUUGACAGAAACAGAUUUGAUUGAGAAAAUAAGGAAACAGAUUCGGGGACCAGAUAAAGCAGAAAUAGAGAAAUGCAUCAAGAUGUCAGUCCCAGGACCCCAUGUGUUCCUGCUGGUGAUCAGGCUGGAUAGAUACACAGAUGACUGUAGAAAAGCUGGGAAGUACAUAAAGGACACAUUUGGAAAACAGGCCUCAAACUACACUAUAGUAUUGUUCACUGGUGUAGAUCAGCUGGAUGACACAUCAGUAGAGGAGUUUCUGAACGACAGUCCGGAGCUUCAGACACUGGUCAGAGUCUGUGGAGGCAGAUAUCAUGCCUUUAACAAUAGAGAGCAGAGAGACCGUACUCAGGUCACAGAGCUGCUGAGGAAGAUAGAGGAGAUGGUGAAGAUCAACGGAUACUACACCAAUGAGAUGUAUGAGAAGGCUCAGACAGAGAUCAGGAACAGUCAGUUGGUAGAGUUGGGUUACAGAGCUAGAGCGGUGUUUGACAGACCAUGA